ACGGGGGAGCUGCACGGGGGUAGUAGGGGGUGGCCCUGAACUGGGGCCUGGCCCCGGCUGGCCUCUCCCGCCGCCUCACCGGGGGACAGGUCCAGCCUGUGGUGUCCAAAAUGCCCCAGGCCUCUGAGCACCGCCUGGGCCGGACCCGAGAGCCACCUGUUAAUAUCCAGCCCCGAGUGGGAUCCAAGCUACCAUUUGCCCCCAGGGCCCGCAGCAAGGAGCGCAGAAACCCAGCCUCUGGGCCAAACCCCAUGUUACGACCUCUGCCUCCCCGGCCAGGUCCUCCUGAUGAACGGCUCAAGAAACUGGAGCUGGGACGGGGACGGACCUCAGGCCCUCGUCCCAGAGGCCCCCUUCGAGCAGAUCAUGGGGUUCCCCUGCCUGGCUCACCACCCCCAACUGUGGCUUUGCCUCUCUCAUCUCGGACCAACUUAGCCCGUUCCAAGUCUGUGAGCAGUGGGGACUUGCGUCCAAUGGGGAUUGCCUUGGGAGGGCACCGUGGCACCGGAGAGCUUGGGGCUGCACUGAGCUGCUUGGCCCUCCGGCCUGAGCCACCCACUUUGAGACGUAGCACUUCUCUCCGCCGCCUAGGGGGCUUUCCUGGACCCCCUACCCUGUUCAGCAUACGGACAGAGCCCCCUGCUUCCCAUGGCUCCUUCCACAUGAUAUCCGCCCGGUCCUCUGAGCCUUUCUACUCUGAUGACAAGAUGGCUCAUCACACACUGCUUCUGGGCUCUGGUCAUGUUGGCCUUCGAAACCUGGGAAACACGUGCUUCCUGAAUGCUGUGCUGCAGUGUCUGAGCAGCACUCGACCUCUUCGGGACUUCUGUCUGAGAAGGGACUUCUGGCAAGAGGUGCCUGGAGGAGGCCGAGCCCAAGAGCUCACUGAAGCCUUUGCAGAUGUGACUGGUGCCCUCUGGCACCCUGACUCCUGCGAAGCUGUGAAUCCUACUCGAUUCCGAGCUGUCUUCCAGAAAUAUGUUCCCUCCUUCUCUGGAUACAGCCAGCAGGAUGCCCAAGAGUUCCUGAAGCUCCUCAUGGAGCGGCUACACCUUGAAAUCAACCGCCGAGGCCGCCGGGCUCCACCAAUACUUGCCAAUGGUCCGGUUCCCUCUCCACCCCGCCGAGGAGGGGCUCUGCUAGAAGAACCUGAGUUCAGUGAUGAUGACCGAGCCAACCUAAUGUGGAAACGUUACCUGGAGCGAGAGGACAGCAAGACUGUGGACCUGUUUGUGGGCCAGUUGAAAAGUUGUCUCAAGUGCCAGGCCUGUGGGUAUCGCUCCACGACCUUCGAGGUUUUUUGUGACCUGUCCCUGCCCAUCCCCAAGAAAGGAUUUGCUGGGGGCAAGGUGUCUCUGCGGGAUUGUUUCAACCUUUUCCCUAAGGAAGAAGAGCUAGAGUCGGAGAAUGCCCCAGUGUGUGACCGAUGUCGGCAGAAAACUCGAAGUACCAAAAAGUUGACAGUACAAAGAUUCCCUCGAAUCCUCGUGCUCCAUCUGAAUCGAUUUUCUGCCUCCCGAGGCUCCAUCAAAAAAAGUUCAGUAGGUGUAGACCUUCCACUGCAGCGACUGAGCCUAGGGGACUUUGCCAGUGACAAAGCCGGAAGUCCUGUAUACCAGCUGUAUGCCCUUUGCAACCACUCAGGCAGCGCCCACUAUGGCCACUACACAGCCCUGUGCCGGUGCCAGACUGGUUGGCAUGUCUACAAUGACUCUCGUGUCUCCCCUGUCAGUGAAAACCAGGUGGCAUCCAGCGAGGGCUACGUGCUGUUCUACCAACCGAUGCAGGAGCCACCCCGGUGCCUGUGACACCUCUAAGCCCUGGCACCUGUGAAGCCCUUUAAACACCCUUAAGCCCCAGGCUCCCCGUUUACCUCAGAGACGUCUAUUUUUGUGUCUUUUUAAUCGGGGAGGGGGGAGGGGGUGGUUGUAGCUCCAUUAUAUUUUUUAUUAAAAAAUACCCUUCCACCUGGAGGCUCCCUUGUCUCCCAGCCCCGUGUACAGAGCUCACCAAGCCCCUGCACAUGUACAGCCCCCAGACCCUCUGCAAUAUCACUUUUUGUGAAUAAAUUUAUUAAGAAAAAAAAAAAA